AAUGUCAAGGGGUGAUUAUUUAUCAUCAUUUUUUAUGUGAUACACCUAUGACCAUAUCGGAUUAUGCAGAAUCGUACGGCUGCUACGCUAAGAUUCUUAGGUCAUCCGGAUCCGAGUUUUCCUUUUGUGCCAUAAGUGUGCUUGGAACCGCAGCCUGGAUCCGGAUCACCCUCAUUUUUGGCACUCUACUCCCUUUAUAGAAGUUUGUAGGACGUACGAUGGGCUACAACCAUCGAUUACCCAAUGGAAACGCCCAUGAUAUCCACAACAAGUUGAAGGAAUUGAAUAUAUCACGCACGGCACAAACUCCUUUGCAGCGCGCAGAAGAAGUCGAAGAGCUGUUGGAUGCAGUUAAGCCGCUCAUUGUGAACUAUAUCAGCAGGGCGGAUGAGGCAGCUUUGAUGAGAGCCGACGGCCGGGAAUACGCUUCAUCUAGUGAGAAUGUGCUUGUAGAAAGAUGUGAGCCAGGCGAGUUGGCCAAUCGGUGGCAAUGGUCACUGCCAUCGGAUGAAGGCCGAGGCCGAGCUGGGCUUCUCGAGAUGAUUCAAGGUGUUUUGCAAUACAGCGUCAACACAUGGGAUCAGGGAUUCCUGGAUAAACUUACGUCAAGUACAGACCCGAUUGGGGUAAUAUCGGAGCUUAUUCUUGGAACAUUGAAUAUCAACCUUCACGUCUAUCAUGUGUCACCCUCCUUGACGCUCGUAGAAAAGGUCACAGCUAGAGCCCUAGCCUCCCUCCUUGGACUCACCGGUCCCAAUGCUGGUGGAGUGACGUGUCCGGGCGGCUCCGCCUCCAACAUGACCUCGCUGGUGAUUGCUCGAAACUCCAUGUAUCCCAGCACCAAAACUGAGGGUAAUGGAAAACACAACUUGGUCUUGUUCACCAGCACGAAUGCCCACUAUAGCUUCGAGAAGGCGGCAAUUACGAUGGGUUUGGGUACUAGUGGUGUGAUCUCAGUGCCGGCUGAUAAGACUACCGGCUGCAUGAUCCCAUCUGCCCUGCGUGCUCUGGUCGUUCAGGCAUUAAGUGAGGGCAAGACUCCAUUCUACGUCAACGCCACGGCUGGGACGACCGUCCUAGGCGCGUACGACCCAUUUCAUGAGAUCAGUGCUAUAUGCAAGGAAUUUCACCUCUGGCUCCACGUCGAUGGCUCAUGGGGCGGCGCCGUGGCGUUCUCUUCCUUGCAGAGGCACAAGCUCGCUGGCGUUGAGCUCGCCAAUAGCAUAACGAUCAACCCCCACAAGAUGUUGAACGUCCCAGUCACAUGCUCCUUCUUGCUCACCAAUGACCUGGCCACCUUUCAUCGCGCAAAUACGCUGCCGGCAGGCUAUCUGUUUCACGAAGAGGUAGAUGGCGAAGACUUUUGGGACCUAGCGGAUCUGACUCUCCAGUGUGGACGUAAGGGUGACGCCCUCAAGUUGGCCCUUAGCUGGGUAUAUCACGGUGCCACCGGUUUAGAGAAGCAGAUCAAUCAUGGUUUCGAUGUGGCAAGGCACUUGGCUACUCUCCUGGAAGAGCAUCCAGACUUUGUGUUAUUGUCGCCCAACCCGCCGCCGUGUCUUCAGGUUUGCUUCUACUAUGCCCCAAACAAGACCUUAUCAGAUGUCAUGGCUGCGAACACGCGGUGCACGAAGGAAAUGGUCAGUUUGAUGAUAAAUCGAGGUUUUAUGAUCGAUUACGCACUCGGUGACCGAGGGUGCUUCUUCAGAGUUGUUGUUAACUGUCAAACCUUACAUACAACAGUCGAAGGCUUAGUGACGGGCUUGGAAGAGGUUGGAAAUGAGGUCUUACAACCGUAGAUGCUCUUGAGAAUCUCUAGAUUUCCGGCGAUGGUUUAUAGAUACCGGCUCGUUUUAUUACCAUCUGAUAUAAUAGACAUGUCUAUAAGUUCGAUUGC